AUGUUGCUUUGGGAAGGAGACUCUAGGACAGGGAAAGCAAGUUCAUGGUACACAGGUAUCUGCUGUCCCUGGUUUCACCCAUGGCAGACAUUGAUAAUCGACUGCAGCACUAUCUCGCUGAGUCUGGAUAAGGGUUCGGAAUCCAAAUGCUUGAAGCGGGCACUUAAGAUGAAAACUUACAUGCCAUUCUCGCACUGGGAUCUGGAGGAGGCCUGGGCCCGGGUGCAGCCCCUGAAGGGAAUCUGCUUCUUUUCGCUUUCAAAGACAGUUCCAGCUGACUCAGGGCAAAGAGAAGGCACCCCUCUGAAUGCGGGUGGUGCAGCUCAGUUCAGAACUCACCUAGUGAAUAACGUGUGCUUAGCCCUGUGCUCGGAGCUGACGUUAACAGGAGCAGCUGGGCCCGAUCCCUGGUGGUUGGGGAACUCUAAUCUUUCCUUUGAUUUCUGCUCCCAGUGA